AUGUUCGAAUACGUCGAGUUUCCGAUCCUCCCGAUCGUCAAAACCCAUCUCAUCAUCAACUGUGUACUAGCCGUCAUAACUUUGGUGAUCAUUGGGCUGAGACUCUUUGCUCGCUUCCUGACGGGAGCUGGCCUGUGGUGGGAUGACUACCUCAUUCUGUUUGCCGUCCCUCAGGGCAUGGCCAUGGUAGUGAUUCAGGGCCUUUGGGCGCCGAUGGGCGUAGGAUAUCCAAUGGCCGAGACCGCUCCAAAUAUCGAACACAUCCUGAAGAUGCUCGUCUCAUACGAACUGAUCUACGCGACAUCCAUCAGCACCAUCAAGCUCAGCGUCCUCAUUUUUUACCUCCGUGUCUUCGUCAACAAAACGAUGCGCAUGGCCACCAAGGGCGUCAUCAUCUUUGUCUGUCUCUGGUCUGUUGGGAAUAUACUGCAGGUGUUUCUGAUUUGUCGUCCUUUUGCCGCCAUCUACACCGUCGCUCUGAUGCCAACAGCGCAAUGCGGUGACCAAGUCGGGUCUUUUAUUGCCAUUGGCGCGUUCAACAUCAUCACCGACGUGUUGAUUCUGACGCUCCCGAUUCCAACGGUGUGGACUCUGAAGACCUCCAAGGGCAAGAAGAUCGCCCUGACAGCCGUCUUCUUGGUUGGUUUACUCGUGGUCGCCAUGAUCCGCAUCGUAACCCUCACCCAGCUCGACCUCGUCAACCUGACCGAAUCCAUGGUCUGGGCCGACUUCUGGUCCGCGACCGAGCCCAACCUCGGCAUCUUCUGCGUCAGCCUCCCCAUGCUCGGCACCCUCUGGACCCGCUAUUUUUCUCGCAAGAGCCCCUCCAAGCUCGACCCGUAUCACUCCUCUGAGAACGGCACCAACGGCACCAACGGGUUCAGCAAGCUGAAGAACAGCUCCAACCCCGGCACCGACACGAUCGUGAUGGAGGAUUUGUACGCACCGAACAAGGAGGUGUAUCACAAGACGGACGUUGCUGCUGCCACGCCGGAUGGGGAUAGGGCGGGGACGCCGCUGAGGGCGAAUAGCUCCGAGGAGGCGCUCACGAUGCAAAUGGGGGAUCAUCGGAACUAUCAUAGGCAGCCGGAGGGGAUUAGGGUGCAGACGAAGUGGACUAUUUCGGUUGAUUAG